AUGAUGGAUUCAAGAUUGGGUAUCUCCUCGUAUAUUUGGGACGCGGGCAUUUCUCUUUGCCAGUACUUUGAGAAGGAGGACGUCAGUUUCACUGGGAAGAAAGUGAUUGAGCUGGGAUCCGGCACUGGAAUCGUAGGCAUAUUAGCAGCUCUGUUAGGUGGCAAUGUUACAAUGACGGACAAACCGGAUACCUUGAAGCAAAUAAACAGCAAUAUAGCUGUCAACAUCCCUAUUGCAUGCCGACACCGUUUAAAUGUUAGUUCGCUGAUUUGGGGAGAAGAUCAAACUAAAUUUCCCAACGACUACGACUUCAUUCUGGGCUCGGAUAUCGUCUACAGUUCGAUCUGCUACCCGGCGCUGUUGGAAACGCUGCGUUAUCUCUGCAAUCAAGGGACAACGAUCUAUCUUUCCUCCGAACUCCGAUCCGGGAAUGGGUCCAUUCCUUUCCAUGACGUCAUCCUGCCUGACUACUUUAACUGCGAAGUCGGCCUCGUGCUUUGUCAGUACUUCCACGAUGAGAAGAUCAACUUUGCUGGGAAGAAAAUAAUUGAACUGGGAUCUGGCACGGGAAUUGUGGGAAUUAUGGCGGUACUGCUUGGCGGAGAUGUCACUUUGACGGACAAACCAUAUGUUUUGCAGCAAAUUGAACGGAACAUCGCUGACAACAUCCCGCCUGACUCCAGGCACAGGGCAAAGGUCGGUGCCCUGAUGUGGGGCACUGAUCAGGAAAACUACCCAGCAGACUUCGACAUCGUUCUUGGUUCCGACAUCAUCUACAGCCCAACACAAGUUCCUAUUCUUUUGAAAACAUUGACGCAUCUCUGCGGCGAAAACACAAGCAUUUAUUUGUGUUCUAACUUUCCCGCCAGGGUGGGAUCAGAGAAUUUCCACAAGGAGGUAUUACCAAAGCAGUUCAACAGCGAAUUCAUUCAUUCAAGCAAGGGAAAUCACAUUUACAAACUAACCAAAAAAUCUCCAGAACACGGGGACUAG